GAGAGUCCAGGUACAGAGCAUUUUCUCCCUCAUGGAGAGGGUCAGGAGAGGGGCAAUGCCUAAGGUUUCCCAAGAUCUUCGGCUGGCUCUGCCUAAGACAGAGGGAGUACAGAAACGUCCUGAGGAGCAGAAGAGCAAAAGAAGAUGUUUCAACCUAAGCAGAUGUCUCUUUGCAAGAAUGGCUGUUGUUGGACCAGAUAUGUUGGGGUUAUCAUCAUUCUGUGACGAUUCAGGCCUGUGUAAGAUGGGUACAUCUGCAUCUGCCCCAUCUAUUACACAGCCAGCACCUGCUGCAUCAGUAAUUACAGAAUCCGUAGUCUCUCCUCCUGCAGAAUGUCCAAUGCACAAAAAGGUGGAAGGUUGUCCAGUGCAGAAAGAGGUUCCGCAGAAAGCUGAUACCGAGGACUGCUCAGGGCCAGCACAUCAGGAAAGAGCCUAUGAAUAUGUCCAGUGUCCCAUGAGAUCCGGCAGUAAGGAUGCCAUUGAUCCCAGCAAUAUGAUGCCGCCUCCAAACCAGACUCCAGCCCCAGAUCAGCCAUUUCCUCUUUCAGUAGCCCGAGAAGAAUCCAAUAUUCCUCGUGCUAACACUGGACAAAAUUGGGUUUAUCCCUCACCGCAGAUGUUCUGGAACGCAAUGCUGAGAAAGGGGUGGAAAUGGAAGGAGGAUGAUCUUAAACCAGAGGAUAUGCACAAUAUCAUUAAGAUUCAUAAUCAAAAUAAUGAGCAAGCCUGGACUGAAAUCCUGAAAUGGGAAGCUCUCCAUGCCAAGGAAUGCCCCUGUGGCCCGAACCUAGUUCGCUUUGGUGGUAAAGCAACGGCAUACUCUCCCAGAGCACGAAUCCGCUCGUGGAUGGGCUAUGAACUCCCCUUUGAUCGUCACGAUUGGAUUGUAAAUCGUUGUGGACAGGAAGUCCGAUAUGUCAUUGAUUACUACGAUGGAGGAGAAGUAGAUAAGGAUUAUAAUUUUGCAAUUUUAGAUGUCCGCCCUGCAUUUGACUCCAUGACUGCUGUCUGGGACAGGAUGAAAGUGACCUGGUGGCGGUGGACCUCCUAAUUUAUUUAAAGCGGCAAGUCUUGUCAAUCAUCUGAAAACUGCACUAACUAUACAUGACUUUAUUGAAGAGUGUUACAGCUAUAGGAAAGAAAAUUGCUGCUCAGUAUUUAAAUAAUACAAUGUAUAUAAUAAAAAUGACUUUAAAAAAAAAAAAAAAAUCUUCU